ACGUCCCGGCGGCCGAGUGAAGCGCCGGCAUGUCAGGCACGCAGCUCCGAUCCCCGCGCCCCUGCGCCCGCCAGCUGCGCGGUCUCCACGGCCUUGCUCUCCUGCUGCUGGCGCUGCCCCUCGUGACCAAUGCCGAUGCCGACUGCCCAUGCGAGGAGCCAACGCUGUGCCGACCCAUCCGCCACCACCCCGACCACGAGGUCUUUGUUUUUGACGUUGGAUACAAAACUUGGAAAUAUUAUGACUGGUCACAGAUCACAACUUUGGCAGCUUUUGGAAAAUAUGACUCAGAGCUUAUGUGCUACGCUCAUUCAAAAGGAGCCAGGGUAGUGCUAAAAGGAGAUGUAUCUGUAAAGGAUAUCAUUGAUCCUAGUUUCAGAGCAUCUUGGAUAGCUCAAAAACUUAUUUUGGCCAAAAAACAAUACAUGGAUGGAAUUAAUAUAGACAUAGAGCAAGAAGUUAAUUGUUCAUCACCAGAAUAUGAUGCAUUAACUGCUUUAGUCAAAGAAACCACAGAUGCUUUCCACCGUGAAAUUGAGGGGUCACAGGUCACCUUUGAUGUAGCUUGGUCUCCAAAGAACAUAGACAAAAGGUGCUAUAAUUAUACUGGAAUUGCAGAUGCUUGUGACUUCGUCUUUGUGAUGUCAUAUGAUGAACAAAGUCAGGUCUGGUCAGACUGUAUUGCAGCAGCCAAUGCUCCCUAUAAUCAGACAUUAACUGGAUAUGAUGACUACAUCAACAUGGGCAUUAACCCUAGGAAACUUGUAAUGGGAGUUCCCUGGUAUGGUUACGAUUAUACUUGUCUGAAACUGUCUGCGGAUAUUUGUACCAUUGCAAAAGUUCCUUUCCGGGGGGCUCCUUGUAGUGACGCUGCUGGACGUCAGGUGCCGUAUAAAGUGAUCAUGAAGCAAAUAAAUAGUUCUAUUUCUGGAGGCCAGUGGAAUGAAGAUCAGCAGGCUCCUUAUUAUAACUAUAAAGAUUCUGCUGGCCGUUUUCAUCAAGUGUGGUAUGAUAACCCUCAGAGCAUUGCUUUAAAAGCAGUAUAUGUAAUCCAGCAUGGUUUACGGGGCAUUGGUAUGUGGAAUGCAAACUCUCUGGAUUACUCUGGACAUCCCGAAGCUAAACAGCAGACUGAAGAAAUGUGGAAAGUCUUAAAACCAAAGCUGUGACAGAGAUAAGCAACUUUUGUAUGAGUAUCUUUUGUCAAACUAUUAAGAUUUAGAAAAAUGAUCUUUGUAAAUAGAUCUGGUUUCUUAAGGAGAUAAAUGUAUGUGUACAUUUUGAUCAUGCUGCUAUAUGCUUUCGUUAUUAGUAUAUCCAAGAAAGAGAUAAAGAAUUAAGAGAUGUUUUGAUUGUUUGAAUUUGAAAACUAUGCACAUAUUAAUAUCUUUAGUGCACCAGGAACCCAAAGGUAAGAAACAGGUCAACUUCCUAUAUUAAAUAUUCCUCUGUAAGAUGUUUUAACAGUAUAGCUCAGUUAGGAACAAUGGAUUUUAGAAUUUUAUUAUGCUAAAUUUUUUCUAUGGUAGUGAGAUAAUAAGCUAUAAAUCAAUGUUAAUUUUUAAACAUGUAUAAUUUGAACAGGAAAUUGUUUGCUUAGGAUAUUUUUUAAAAACAAUCUUUCAGAGCAGUUUGCUCUGUACAUUUUUUUUCAGUAAUCUUAAAUAUGAAAACCCUGGUGAAGUAGUGGUUAAGUGCUACUGCUGCUAACCAAAGGCUUGGCAGUUUAGAUCCACCAGGCGCUCCUUGGAAACUCUAUGGGGCAGUUCUACUCUGUCCCAUAGGGUCACUAUGAGUCAGAAUGAACUCGACAGCAACGAGUUUCUUUUUUUUUUUUUUACAUGGAAAUGCACUGGGUUUGGUUUUUUGGUUUAAUCUUAAAUGUAAAGCCUGGAAUUUAGUGUCUCCUCUUUAGGGUUAUCAAACCCAUGAAAAUAAUUUUUCUGCUUCCUGACUCCAUACAACACUCAUGUUCUCUGGGGCACUUGAGUGAGGAAGAAAAAAAAAAUCUAUAAAAGAUGAAAAGUGCUCAUGAAAUAAGACAGCUUAGUAAUAUUUUGAAUUAGUCAGAGAUACCUAAUAUUUUCCAACUAAACUAAAUUUUGGUGAGGUUAUAUCUGAGAUUUUACAAUAGGAGUAACUCAGUGUGGAAGCUGAUUCAAUGCCCAGUCAUUUAUCCUUCAAAUUACUCAGGUUUUUUCAUCAUGGACAUCUAUUAAUUUAUUUCUUGCUUGGUUUGUUUAUAUGGUCAAUUUUUUUUCUUUUUCUACAUUCUCAUUUUACUUUUAAUUAUCUAAAGACAUUGAUUGGUUUCUCAAAUAAUGAUUCUCUUUCUAAAAUAGUUAUUUCUUCAAAGAACUUAUAUAUAUAAGAAGUCUCAGUUUCUUUCUCAAGGCAAUUAAGAACGUUUUGCUGCCCUUAUAUUAGAUCCUGUAAAUACUUCGAUUGAAAGCCUGCAUCCUUGCUCUCUGGAUUUUCAUAAAUACUGUCUUCCGUGCACAUUUCCCUCCCCCACCCCCACCAAAUUAGAAUAAAUGAUGAUUCAAGCAUCUAUUAUGAGAAAAUUAUAUUUCCUAUUGUUUAUGAAAAGCAACUGUUUUCCAUAGCAUAUGUUGAAUCACUGUUGCCUUUAUAUUUCCAAAUUAAAUUUCAAAAACUAAGUUCUUAGUAGAGCUGCCCCAUACAGUUUCCAAGGAGCCACUGGUGGAUUCAAACUGUCGACCUUUUGGUUAGCAGCCGAACGCUUAACUGGUGUACCACCGGGGCUCCUUCUGAUCUCUGGAUACAUUAAAUAGCAAGUUCAAAACCUCCAUUUUCUUGUAGAUUUUCAGAGUUCUAAAACACUGAACAUAUUAAAUAUUUACAUGCAAAAAUUUAUUAAAAUGUGAUGAAAUAAAUUUUUUCUUUAUAGUUGGAUUUUAUAGUCAUGUUUGCCAUUAAUUUUUGAGAUAAUUAAAAAAUGAAAAUAAUUAUAACAUGUAAUACUGUAAAAUAAUAUGAAUAGACUUGAAAUCUUCAAAAAUAGCUAAAUAGCCACGAUUUUGCUUUAUGUUACAUCUAAUAUUCCCUGAAACACUUUGUACUUCCCGCAGGAAGUAUGAAGAAACAUAAACCCUAGGCAAUAGUUCAUCAAAUCCGUUCAAAUAAAUAUUUAAAUUUUUUGACAAAGUUUGAAUUGAUGUACCUAAUUGAGAUUGUAAAAAUGUACUAAUUUUCUUCUGGGCCUGUUCUACUUUUGAUAUGUGUAAAUCUGAAACAGCUUUUUUUUUAUUUAUGAAAAGAAUAACCUUUCGAAAAUAAACCUCAUCUUACCCUUCUAAAAGUUAUAAUUCUCAUAUAAAAAAGUUUUUCUUAAAUGCGUUAAUUGUUAAUUGCCUUUACUACCACUGAAAAUGCAUAGGUCAGAAUCCUGUUUAAUAAGCAAGUUUAUUUACUGGUAGAUAUUGUCAGAUAAUUUCCUUUAUUGGCAUAUAGAAAUAAUAAAGUUAAACUGUCCUAAAAA